AUGGAAAAAUUAGAAACUAUAAUGAAGUUAAUAUCCUUUUAUUGGUCUAAUACUCACAAAAAAUUAGUUUUUUAUGGAAAACUUAAUGAAAAAUUAUCAGAUUAUCAAAUCUUGACCAUAGUACAGAAUGUAAUAGCCAAAGCAUAUGAGGAGGAGAAAGAGAAUGUGGAUGAACUUUCAAGAACUUUAAGUAGUGAUAUUAUUAAGAAUGCUAUAGUAGAAGAAUUCCAAAAGAAGAUAUAG